GACUUCCUGAUCUGCAGAAGGUGCAGCAGCCGCAGCGGGCGGCCCCGGUCGCCGGAACUGAGGCCUCAGCUUUGGUGGCGGCGGGGGCGGCGACCGGCGGAGACGGGGGCGGCGGCGCCGCUGCUGUCACAGAAAGGCUCCGGUGGGUGGGGUGGGAGGCGGGGAAGCGCCGGAGGCGCAGCCGACAUGGGCCCGCCGCCGCCGCUGCCGUGAGCUGCCUUCUUCCCGGCGGGGCCGCCGGCGUGGGCGGGGGGCUCCGGGCUUCCAGGCCAGCGCGCGGGGCCGACGGGCAGCCCACACCGACAUGUAACCAUGGACUGCAGGACCAAGGCAAAUCCAGACAGAACCUUUGACUUGGUGUUGAAAGUGAAAUGUCAUGCCUCUGAAAAUGAAGAUCCUGUGGUAUUGUGGAAAUUCCCAGAGGACUUUGGAGACCAGGAAAUACUACAGAGUGUGCCAAAGUUCUGUUUUCCCUUUGACGUUGAAAGGGUGUCUCAGAAUCAAGUUGGACAGCACUUUACCUUUGUACUGACAGACAUUGAAAGUAAGCAGAGAUUUGGAUUCUGCAGACUCACAUCAGGAGGCACAGUUUGUUUAUGCAUUCUUAGUUACCUUCCCUGGUUUGAAGUGUAUUACAAGCUUCUAAAUACUCUUGCAGAUUACUUGGCUAAGGAACUGGAAAAUGAUCUGAAUGAAACUCUCAAAUCACUGUAUAACCACCCAGUACCAAAGGCAAAUACUCCUGUCAACUUGAGUGUGAACCAAGAGAUAUUUAUUGCCUGUGAGCAAGUUCUGAAAGAUCAGCCCUCUCUAGUACCGCAUUCCUACUUCAUUACCCCUGAUGUAACUGGACUCCCAACAAUACCUGAGAGUAGAAAUCUUACAGAAUAUUUUGUUGCUGUGGAUGUGAACAACAUGCUGCAGCUGUAUGCCAGUAUGCUGCACGAAAGGCGCAUCGUGAUUACCUCGAGCAAAUUAAGCACUUUAACUGCCUGUAUCCAUGGAUCAGCUGCUCUCCUAUACCCAAUGUAUUGGCAACACAUAUACAUCCCAGUGCUUCCUCCACACCUGCUGGACUACUGCUGUGCCCCAAUGCCAUACCUGAUUGGAAUACACUCCAGCCUCAUAGAGAGAGUGAAAAAUAAAUCAUUGGAAGAUGUGAUUAUGUUAAAUGUUGAUACAAAUACAUUAGAAUCACCGUUUAGUGACUUGAACAACCUACCAAGUGAUGUGGUCUCGGCCUUGAAAAAUAAACUGAAGAAGCAGUCUACAGCAACGGGUGAUGGAGUAGCUAGGGCCUUUCUUAGAGCACAGGCUGCUUUGUUUGGAUCCUACAGAGAUGCACUGAGAUACAAACCUGGUGAGCCCAUCACUUUCUGUGAGGAGAGUUUUGUAAAGCACCGCUCAAGCGUGAUGAAACAGUUCCUGGAAACUGCAGUUAACCUGCAACUUUUUAAACAGUUUAUCGAUGGUCGACUGGCAAAACUAAACACAGGAAGGGGUUUCUCUGACGUAUUUGAAGAAGAGAUCACUUCAGGUGGCUUUUGUGGAGGAAACCCGAGGUCAUAUCAACAAUGGGUGCAUACAGUCAAGAAAGGAGGUGCACUGUUCAACACAGCAAUGACCAAAGCAACCCCUGCUGUACGGACAGCAUAUAAAUUUGCAAAAAAUCAUGCAAAGCUGGGACUAAAGGAAGUGAAGAGUAAGCUAAAACACAAGGAAAAUGAAGAAGAUUAUGGGACCUGUUCUAGCUCUGUACAAUAUACACCAGUUUACAAAUUACACAAUGAAAAGGGAGGAAACUCAGAAAAACGCAAGCUUGCUCAGGCACGCUUAAAAAGGCCUCUUAAGAGCCUUGAUGGUGCUCUAUAUGAUGAUGAUGAUGAUGAUGACAUUGAAAGAGCAAGCAAGUUAUCUUCUGAAGACGGUGAAGAAGCUUCUGCUUAUCUUUAUGAAAGUGAUGACUCUGUUGAAACAAGAGUGAAGACUCCGUACUCAGGUGAAAUGGACUUACUAGGAGAGAUCCUUGAUACACUGAGCACACACAGCUCAGAUCAGGGGAAGCUGGCAGCUGCAAAGAGCUUGGAUUUCUUUAGAUCAAUGGAUGACAUUGAUUACAAACCUACGAAUAAAUCUAAUGCUCCUAGUGAGAAUAAUCUGGCUCUCCUCUGUGGGGGUUCUGGUGACCAAGCAGAGUGGAAUCUUGGACAGGAUGAUAGUGCCCUCCAUGGCAAACACCUCCCUCCAUCUCCCAGGAAGCGGGUUUCCUCUAGUGGUUUGACAGAUUCUCUAUUUAUUCUGCAAGAGGAAAACAGUGACAAGCACUUCAGUGCUGACAAAGUGAGUGACCCUACUUCAGGAUUGGAUUUCCAGCUCACUUCCCCUGACGUUUCCCAGACUGAUAAAGGAAAAACAGAAAAGAGGGAAACAUUAAGCCAGAUUUCAGAUGAUUUGCUUAUACCUAGUCUUGGUCGGCAUUCAUCAACUUUUGUUCCCUGGGAGAGAGAAGGGAAAGAAGCCAAAGAGACUUCAGAAGAUAUUGGACUGCUCCAUGAGGUGGUGUCAUUAUGUCAUAUGACUUCUGACUUCCAACAAAGCUUGAACAUUUCAGAUAAAAACACAAAUGGAAACCAAACUUAAAUCUUGCAUCCAAGCUUCUAUGGAGACAUUUUGAGAUUCAAUGCAAUGCGCAUAAUAAACAGAAUUAUUUGUAGGAAUGGCAACUCUUACUAUUUAAUUUUUUUUUUUUUUUUUUUGCAUUUGGAACAUUUUCCUCACUUGUUCGUUUCAAGGAUAUAUGAAAUGCAUUGAUUUUUAAAUAUAAAGCGAAUUCUACUGUGCUUUUAAAUCAGGUACCAGUUUGUAUGUAUGUUAAAAGUAUGUAUUGAACAUAAGAUUUCCCAGUGUUUGGUGCUUAAUGCCAUCCAUUUUAUUUAAAUUAACUUUGCAUAUAUAACCCAUGCACAUAACCAGUAGCUACUAUACUAAUCUGGUUGAGCAUGAACUGAUCACGAUAUCAAAACUAUCAAAACUAGCCUGAAACUGAUGAAACGUUAACCCACUAAUUGCCUUAAUCUUAAAGCUGUAUUAAGCAUACUUAAAUAAUGUAUGAAAGUAUGUGUAAAGUUUGAAGGAUAAGUUAUUAGUGUUCUGCAGAGCAAUAAUGCCUUUUUCUGUUCAUCAAGGUCAAAAUUCAUCUUUUCAAGAUUAAAAAGCUCUCUUACGAAAAUACUUAAUUUGCUUAUAUAAAGCACUAUAGCCAUGUUUUCCAAAAAGUGUAAAAAUAUACAUUUACCUUUCAUUCAGUAAAAUAUAUGAAGUACUGAAUUACAAUGUGAAGUUAAUGACUUCUGUUUACAAAUGAGAUACUUUAAAAAGUUUUCACAGUCUCUCUGUAUGCCUUUGCUAUUUAGGGGUCCACCCAAGAAAGCCAAAUACAACAAAAACUAGCCAGACAAAAAAAAAAAUUCUUUUUUUUAACUAAUAAUCUCUAUCAAAAUGCUUUAUAUUAUCAUCUGAAAUUCAGUUUUUAAAAUAAUUGACUUUAUAGUUUAGAAGUUUUAGAUUUACAGAAAAAUUGCAAAGAUAGUACAGAGUUCCCAUCUAUCCCUAUUAUUAUUAACAUCUUAUGUUACAAUGGUACAUUUGCCCCAAUUAACGAACCAAUAUUGAUAGUCCAUACUUUAUUCAGAUUUUCUUAGUUUUCUCCUAAUAUUCAUUUUCCACUUCAAGAUCCUAUUCAGAAUCCCACAUUAUAUUGAGUUGGAAUGUCUCCUUAGGCUCCUCUUGGCUGUGACAGUUUCUUAGACUUUCCUUAUUUUUGAUGACCUUGACAGCUUUGAAGAGUACUGUCAGAUAAAUUGUAGACUGCUGCUCUCUUGGAGUUUGCUGGAUCUUUUUUUUUUUUUUUUUUUUUUU